UGCAACAUGGCUGACGGCAUGUCACUCGACGUUGUCACGAUCUUGUGUACGAACGACGAUGGCACGGAAGCGAUGCAGUCCAAGUUCAUCCAGGCAAUGCGUCAAGAGCCGGGCAGUGAACAAAAAGAGUUUCGUCGUGAUCGAGUGACGUUUCGAGGUUUGCAGCAGCAAGUCGUGCAGCAGGUCGCUAUCUCGUCUCAUUAUGUUGGUCUCUUGCUUGCGGACGGACGAGCCGCUCGCUUUCGAUUUGGUUAUGGUGAAGAACCAAAACCGAAACAGGAGAUAGAAAAGCUGUCAGUGGAACCAAGUCUUCUUAUGAAGUCAGACGAAACGUACGCUCAGCAGCUGCAGGAAAGAUUCAAUCAAGGAGACUUUCAUCUCGGUGAGAUUUUUGACGACAACGAAGAACACAGUGAUGCUGAAGAUAUCAACUAUGACGCCUUCCGUGCAUCAGACUACAAUGAAAGUCCGACAAUCAAUCCAUGGGGAGAUGCCUUUGAAGUUGAACCGUCUCCUGAAGCUUCAAUACUUGAUCUGUAUUCUCCAAGUCCUCCAGGAAUACGACGUUCUCCGCCGUGGUAUGAAAAAGGUGCAGACAUAUUGGGUGGAGAGCCGAUGGACGAAGAUGCGGACGACUUCAAGGUGGAAGGUGUAGCUGCAGGUAACGUUGGAGGCAAGAAGAAAGUGAGGAAGAGGAGAGUAAAGAAAAGGAUUGUGGAUAGUCAGCCGGCUAAACUGACUGACAAGAAAUGGCCGACUGCUGGAGAGCUUGAGUGGAUACAGACAAAACCACCGGAUGUGAAGUUCUCUGCUAUCUCUGCUCUUCAUUCGGAGUUCCUUCUUAUCACUGAAGAUUCAAGCCAACUGUUUUCGUGGCCAUGUGAUGACACGUACCCACCAACUGCAGUCCUGCAUCCUCUAACUGGAGUCGAGUGGAAGGACGAUGAAGAAGUGUCACUAAUUGGAUCGUAUCAAGUACGAGCGACAGUUGUGAUGAAGUCUGGACGAAUAACAACUUUCUAUGACAAACUUCUAAGAGAAUGUGACCUUGGUGGUAGACCAUCACUAGUGAGGGAAUUAUCACACAGUGCAAAUUUCCUGGACGGAUUGGAGAAUGAGAAAGUCGUCGAAGUGAAAGUUAGUGACCUUCUAUCUUCAGUUGUCACUGAUUCAGGAAAAGUAUUCUGGUGGGGUCUCACUCCAACCACAGAAAUAAUAAUUCUUCGUGACCGCAAGAAAGCACGACGCCAUCGACGUUCAGAAGUGACUGUUGGCUGUCGAGUGAAACUCGAACGAGGUCCUCCUGGCUUUCCCGGCUCUCUAGUCUACACAUGCACAGGAGGCAGAGGCCCACGUAUUGGUCAAAUGCUUCCUCUCCAGUCAUGGCAGCAAUGGUCAGAAAGCAGGAAAGUUCGCAUUGCAAAGAAGCAGCGAACGAAUGCGAACACAACCGAGUGGAUACAAGAAGUCGAAUCCGAUGUUUCCAACAAGGAAUACAUAGAACAGUUAGAAGUGAGGGAUUGUGUGUUUCUAGACAAUAAGGAGCCUGCGAUUGGGACAGUUGUAGGCUUCGAUGGUUCCAACGCUGUUGUAAAGCUCGACGAAAACAGCUUGUCUCAACUCGGGAAACGCUCAAAGACGACCGGCACAGGCUUUAAGAUAUUCAAGGUGUCUGAACUGGAAGUGUUGAAUACAGUAGAUGAGAUGAGCGGUGAGUCUGUGAGGCCUACAUGUUGGCACGGUCACUACCAAAUACAACGCAGACCACUCUGUCUUAUCUCCCCCGAACUUCUUCCUCCAGCUGAGGCCAUCGGGUCCGUCAACCGUUUCGUAGACGACACACCACGUACAGUCCACGGCUUUCGAGCCAUAACCAUCACUGCUACAGAUAGAGGUGUUUACGCGCUUGUUGUACGAGAGUACGACAGCAAGGCAUUUUUCCUCACGUGUUUUGGUCUCGAAAAUUUUGGUUUUCGUUGGCGUAUUGCCGUCUCAACGGGUUAUGUCGAUGAAGACCAAGGAGGUCGAAUUAUCGGUGGCGGUGCGUCUCAUGAAGCAGAGGCUGUGCCUGCUAACGAGUCAAGACUGAAUCGUGAGUUUGUAGUGAAGCAUUUCAGUAAGUUCAACGGCUCAACAUUGAAACGGAAGAGGAAACACGGAGAACGGGAUGUGACUGAGAAGGUCGUCGUAGAAGAGAAGCCGGCGAUCGUAAGCACCGCGAAUGCUGCGAUGCUACUUGUUCUUGAUGCCAAUGGUGGCGUGUUUCCACGUUAUCUUGGCUGUGGACUGAAUAACUGUCCGGUCGAUGACGUGCCUCUUAUGAAGUCGCUAGCACUUGGAGAACGUUCAGGAUGUGAUUUGGAGAACAACACCAGAGUUUACUUUGCUGUUACAGUUCUCAAGGACCAGAAGUUGAUUCCUGCCAUCUCAUCUGGCUGUGCAGAUGAUGUCGAGCAAGUCCUCAUGAAGCUAGAGAUGAUGGAUUCAGCGGUUGCUAUAGAAACCAAUUCUUCUAAGAAAACAAAGUCUGAAUCACUUGGAGAAGAUGAGGGCGAGUGGUCAGCUGUUAGUUCUAUUGGAAGUCAAUGUAUUGUUCCGAAUGUUGUGGCUGAGAAGACGACGGGAAAUAGGAACGUAUUGCAUGCAUGCUGUAUGAUCAACGAUCACAGCGAUGAGUCGAAAAAACGGAAAAGAAAGCAAUUUGGUGCUCACCGUGUUGGAAUGUUCAACUUUCACAACAUUACUGUUGAUCCUAAUCAUCACAAUUUCAGUCCUGACGAAUGGCGUUGGAAGUAUUAUCAAUCACAUGAGGAAGGAGACGAAACGGCAGACGACGAGAUGAUAGACGACGAGAGACAUUGUGAAACGGAGACUGCAGACAGCAUCAUCGACAUCGUGUUGAAAAGCAAGUCACUGCAGCCAUACAUUCCCAAACUGCUGACCGAGCGUGAUGCAAUGGGUCAUACCGCCUUCCUCACAGCAAUCGGUCAUCACAACUACAAAACAGCAAACUCCAUUCUCUCAUACGUCAACCAGUAUUGCCACACCCACGCAUCUUCUGAUCUCUACAAAAACGCCAUCGUGCCUUCAUCGUUUACAUCAUUCUCGGCUCUUCAUUUCGUCGCCAUGCCGAGCAUUGCACGAUCUCCACUCGCACAGAAAGUGCUGCACGUCACACGUCUUCCCAAACUCUACACGGCGUCCCAGCUGUUGCGUCUCUACCAGGUGAGAUAUCCGAGUGCGUUUCGUACGCUUCUCUUCAAGAAUUUAGCUGAAGACGAGGCAACAGAUCUUGACUACGCGAUUAUUGAGGAGGUCGACUGGAUGCUGUUUGGCAACACGAAGAAAGGAUUGAAAGCACUGCAGCUGAAGAUUGCAAGGAAGGAGAAAGGAGGAAAUCACAGCGAUGAGGAGGAGAGACCGCGUGGGCGUGGACGGUCGAGAAGGUCUGGUAGUCAGGAGGUGCGGAUGGAGGGUGUGGUUUUCUUUGGUGAUAUUGAUGAGUUCCGUCAUGCAGCAAUUAACAUGAAUAAUUUUUCGAUAUACGCUGAUCUGCCGCAUAGUCCUGGUAGUUCCUUUUCGUCGGUACAACAUAUGCUACAGGCCCAAUGUGUUGGAGAUGAGGUACUAAUUGAUGAUCCAGACAGCAAGGAAGCCAGCAAAGUCACACAUGAAACAGUCAAACAAGAAAGACUCCGAUGUGACAUCAUGAAGCAGUUGCUAGGCAAUGAGUUAUCAGCAGCAUCACUAGACGAGUCACAUGACACUGCACUCACAUGGCUCUUUCACAAGCGAGUUCUAUUGGAUUAUCAGAUAAAGAUGAGAAAGGAGAUGGAAGCAAACCUUGUGCUUGUUGCACAAAGAAAGAAAGCUGAGAAAGAGGGCAACAAGUUGGCUGGACAGAUUGAGACGAUGUUGGUUGAUAUGAGGGAAGAGACUAAGGUGAGAGAUGAGACGAUGGAGGAGAUUGAAAGGAAAGGACAAGCUGCACAGGAAGGAAUGGAAGGGACAGAAACGAAGAGAGAAACGGAAGAAGCCAGAGUAGACGCAACAGACACUACCAAACCCACAGACGAAAAACCAGACAAAGAAACAGAACAAACUGAAGAAACACCAAAAUGUCUAAUCACCACACCAGCAGCACCCGACACCACAGACGGUGACGCUGCUACCUCCAGCGCCAGCAGCAGCAGCAAACAAAGUGAUUGUCAACUGAAAUUUGGCGAGACAAGCGCACAGCCAUUUUCCACCGGAUUAUCACUGCUGCGUCGAUUGAGUCUAUUCGAAAGCAACAUCGACACCAAACCGUUUCCCGUCUCCCCGGAAUAUCAACUUGCAAGUAACUGGCCGUGUGUGGCCACGACAAUCAGUCGAUUGCCACUUACUAAUAUCAAUGAUCUGGAUGAUGACGUCACCGGUUGUCACCAGCUUGACGCGUUCGUUGUCCAGGUGAUGACGGAUGGCAACGAGACGCUCAUCAAUACGACGAUCAGCUCGUUGGCUAAAGCGGUCAUGUCGUGUAUGGAGACACAGAAGGUCAACACGAGUGAGAGACUCACACAGCAACUCUACACGAGCAGGGAGAUCGUCGUCGCUCGUCGAUUCGUACGAUCACUCAUUCGAUUCGUGGCUCUCCUUGAGAGCACGUACGACCCAACAGAAGCUCCACCGAGUAUCGGCCCAAGUAAUGCAGACAUGGCUCUCAAACGAUGUCGUCUCGUUCUCUCUGCAUUCUCGUUGCUCUCCGUUUUUGAGUUAGCAACAGCAGCUGAGGCGGUGAUCGUGCCUGUUCGGCUCGGGUCAGCGAAGCCUCACACGAUCGCCGCUCUUUGUCCAAACUCGAUCAGCUCGCUCACGACGUCGUCGUUCAGUGCCAUGCGAUUAGCAGUGGAGAGACGACAACACGGUCCGUGUGAUAUCGACGCUCGGAUUCUAUUCGGGAGGCUACGCAAAGCCAACGAACUACCAGACCUCGAGUCGGAUCUCGAGCGUUGCUACAUUCCCGUGAGCGGCUUACGUAUGUGCCACGGUUUGUGUCAUUAUGAUUCCGAUCAGGCACAAAGCGAUCAGGAAGACGUGAAUGGAGAAACGGGUUAUUGGGCUGAUCCUGUGCCUACGCCGGCUGCUAGUCAGCAGAGAGAGAGUCUUCUCAGUGAUGUGAGUAGCAGUGACUGGGCUUAUUCAUCAGAUGAGAACGAUGCGAGCAGAACGACCAUUCAAAGACGUGAGAGGAGGCAUCGUCGAGCGAGACCCGGUCUGAUGUCUGAGCAUACGUAUGAUGAAGACAACUUUAAUGACAUCAACCCGUUGGAUCAUCCACUUUCGUGGGCUGUAGAUGGAAGAGGGAUUGGAGGCUUAGGAGCAGGAACUGUGCUCCGGAACCCGAAUGUGUCACCAGUUAGAUCGUUUUCAACUACUCCCACACCAUCAGCCAAUCCUGCUCAUAUCCCCAGUCUUCGUUUUGGUGUCAACUACUUGACACGAAUGUUCGCUCGAAUGGUGAAGGAAACGAUGGAUGUCUUACAGACAACAGCAGGAGAGCCACUUCCUCCUGCCCUUCCAGCAAGUGAUUAUCCACCAGGACAAGAAAAGGAGCCAAGCAAGGAGUGUCUAGUAAAACUUCAUCUUCCACCAGAGGCGUGUGAUAUCCUUUGCGCUCAAACCGUCUCAAUACUCGAAAUGACAUGGCAGUGGUUGGUAUCUGUGCUCGACAUACUAGAAACACGACUGGCUGAUGGCACCAGAUACAACACUCAUAAAUAUGCAAGAAUGUUGCGUGCUGAUCAUGAGGAAAGACCGCGUGGUCAUUCUGAUCCGUUUGGUAGCGGCAAAGACAAAAUCAUUCAAAAGGGAGCGUCACCUUCCGAGUAUCUCAUGUUCGUCAUGAGGUCUCAUACGGGAGAAGCAGGCGGCUCGUUACCAAUAUUAGAUGCUGAGAGCUAUGAGCACAUCGUUUACGUACUCGAUGCUCUCAUCUAUUGCCUCAACAAAUGGCAACAUUCAAUGGACGCCAUAUCCUCCAGACCAGCAACAACACAAGCUGAUUUACUAACUGCAAGUGCACCAACUACGUCUCAUGACGUGUCCGAGGCAACACCAGAAUUCUUUCAUCGAACUGAGUCGGUCAGCGAUCCGGAUCAAGUUGCCAAUGAUAGUUUCUUUGGACAAUCUCUCAGUCCAGAUUCGUCACAACGAGACAGAUCGUCUGCGUAUCUUCACACUGACAUUCCACUCGUUCAGAAGCCUCACUUGCUGCAACCAUUUGCGACACGUGAAGAUUUGUUUGGACUGAAGAGAGACGAGACUGCAGAGGAAGAGGAACUGAGGCUAAUGGGAUUUAAACGGCCAAGCACUUUAGCUUCAGCAAGGAAAAAGAAAUUGGUUGCACCUCCUCAUCCUCUGAUGGUCCAAUGGUCAGUAGAGACCGUCACAUCAAGAUGGAGGAUGGCAAUUGACUUGUUUGCUCAGCUGUUCUUUGCUGAUGGACCCGGAGCAGAGAGAUCAAACUUCCUUUCUCAAAGAGCUGGAUUUGCAGGAAGAAUGGCAAGAUUCCGUCGUCAAGUAGCUCAUCAACGUCAGGGAGGCGGACGUGGAGGUAACACGUACACAUCAACAGCAAAAACACUUUCAUUUGAAGUGAGGAGGAAUCGACUUCUCGAGGAUGUCAGUCGAGUUAUAGAAGGUUCACGCAGCGAACGAUACACAGCAAUCAGAUGCAAGUUUAUUGGUGAGGAAGGCAGUGGCCCUGGUGUUACAAGAGGGUUUUUUGCUGCCGUGGCUAACGAGUUAAAGAAACAAGACAAGCUUCCUGCAGGCACUACAUCUCUAUUUCAUGAACCCGGCAAGAAGCCUCAACAAGCCCACUUCUAUGCUCCAAGUCCAUUCCAUGCAGACACAGCAAAAGACAAAGAAUUGAAACCUGAACGUAACCGAUGGUUCUACGUCAUUGGACGUUUUCUUGGCUACUGCUUGUGGUUUCAUCACACAAUUCCGUUCAUGUUAAGUCGUCAUGUAGCCAAAUAUCUCAUAGGAAGAGAGAUUGCAUGGCAUGAUCUCGCUUUCUACAACGUUGAUCUCUUUGAAGGUCUUCGUCGUCUUCUCAUUGAUGCUGAAGAAAAGAAGAUGAGCAAGGAAGAGUUUCAAGCGACGUAUUGUCUACGUUUUGAGGCGCCGAUUGCUGGUAAGGUGAUUGAACUGAUUCCUAAUGGCUCACAAAUUCCUGUCACACCGGAAAGAGCAAAGGAUUAUGUCAGGCAUUAUUCUGUGUCUGUCAUGUUUGAAAGUGUAAAAGGUGAACUAAGUAACCUGAGACAAGGCAUGCAGAGUGUUAUAAACACUGAUCUACUAUCUGGACUCACAGCAGAGGAUUUUCAAAUGUUACUGUCGGGAGGAAUAGCUAAUGUGAGUCUCAGUCGUCUGAAGACUGUUAUUACGUUCAACAAUACACAGAACAUCAGCCAAGAGGCAUUUGAUCUAUUCAAGACUUGGUUCUGGCAGAUUGUAGCCAAGAUGAACACCACACAGAGACAGCAGCUGCUUUACUUUUCAACUGGGAGUGGAACACUCCCAUCAGAGGGAGAUGCAAGCAUAGAUCCUGGGACACAGGGUCCAACAGCCAUCACAAUUGAUGUUGUACGAGGUAGCACGUCUUCUCUACCGAUGGCAUCAACAUGCGGCCAAAGAAUGACGAUCCCACUUUAUGCCUCCAAGAAACUUCUCAAAGACAAGCUCCUUCAAGCCAUCCAAUGUCAAAUCUACGGACUCGGCUAGAAGCCAGAAGUCUGA